AUGACUCAAUCAGAAGCAGGGCCUUCCACAGCUCCUGACAUACCCCUCAGGGAAAUGGGAGGCUCACCGUCCAAUGGCACUGUAUCUGAACAAUUUGUAGUAGAACAAGAGCGGAGAACUCGAAGGCGGAGACAUCCUAGUGGUGAUAUACAUAUCCGCCCUGAGGACCUAGAUACGAAUGCGACUCGCAUUCAAAUGUCAUCUAGCGAACGAGUCUGGUUUGGUAUCGAAACUGCUCUGGUUGCGUUAUUUACGCUUGAAUAUGGAGCUCGCUGCUUCGCACAUUCUGAGACUUGGUCACAGCUCUGGAGUUGGGCCACCAGUUUCUUUCCUAUCCUCGACCUAAUCGCCAUACUACCCUUUUAUCUUUUGCUCAUACUGAAAUUCGAUAUGACAGCCAUCUUUCGAUUCUCGAUCUUAAGGGUAUUUCGGCUUUUGCGAGUGUUUCGACCAUUUCGAUACAGCAAUACCAUUCUGCUUACGAUCGAGGUCAUGUUCCUAGCAGUCAAAAGAUCAAGAGACGCUCUAUUUGCAUUGGGAUUCUUCGUAAUGACAACGUUGGUGGUAUUUUCAACCCUGAUUUACUUCGCUGAGCGUGGAACUUGGGAUACAACACUCGAGGCGUUUGUUAAUUCAGAUGGUGAUCCCACUCAGUUCGAUUCCAUUCCGGCGGCAGCCUGGUUUGUGCUCGUUACUAUUACCACUGUGGGUUAUGGAGACAUUAUACCCCGAUCCUUCUUGGGCCGUUUAUUAUCAGUUCCUUUGUUACUAUUUGGUCUCUUGCUUAUUGCUCUCCCGAGCUUCGUCUUGGGUCGCGAAUUUGCUGCUGUCUGGGAGUAUAUGGGUGGGAAUGUGCUUCAGGGUAAUGAUGAAGCGGUGGCUGAAGCAAGGCGACACCUGAAUGAUACUCCCCUGCUCAGUCGAACGCCGCUUUCUAGAGCAAGGUCCGCUAGUUAUGUGCCAUUAGAUGAUGAAGUCAACAUCUCGCCUAACACGAGCGAGAGGAGGAAGGAUUUAACGAACCUAAAGUUGGCUCAAAAUCAGCAAGCAUUGAGCAAACAGAUCGACCAGCUGGCCGAACUUAUAAGGAUACAGGCAGAGGAGCUGAAAAUGGUCAAAGAACUUCUCGCAAAAAGCUCUAUUGAUACAUUGGGUGGAUAG